AUGCCUCUUAGCCAGAAACUGGACGAACCUCUUGUAACAAUUGAGAUUGCAGAUUCCAGCACAAUGCAACAGGCCGUAGAUCCUCUUGCAACUACAAGCACUCCAACGGCGGAACCAGUCAAUGGAGCUCCGCCAGAGGAUGCACCACGCCGACAGGGGCGGAUAACAAAUCAACUACAGUUCCUUCAAAAAAAUGUGAUUAAAGCAGUUUGGAAACAUAAAUUUGCAUGGCCAUUCCACCAGCCUGUAGAUGCAAAAAAAUUGAAUCUUCCAGACUACCAUAAAAUUAUAAAAAAGCCUAUGGAUUUGGGUACUAUAAAAAAACGUCUUGAGUCAAACUACUAUUAUUCAGCCCAAGAAUGUAUCCAAGAUUUUAAUACAAUGUUUACAAACUGCUAUGUUUACAACAAACCAGGAGAAGAUGUAGUUGUUAUGGCUCAAACAUUAGAAAAAUUAUUUUUAAACCGGAUAGCCCAAAUGGACAAAGAAGAGAAGGAGAUAGAAGUUCCAUCGAAUAGUGCAAAAGCAGGUGUUAAAAAGAGGACUGGUGGUUCGGGUGGGUCGGUGGGCGGAGCGGGCGCAGGCGCGGGCGCGGGCGCGGUCGCGGGAGCAGGCGCGCUACCGGUCCGAGCGCCAGUCAAGGUCGCGCCCACGACGCCUCUGCCGGCCUUCGUGGGCUCCACGAACACCACAACCACCCCCACGCUCACUGCUUCCGCAGCUACGCCGCCAGCCACGCACACCGGUUUGCCUCAGCAGGUGGCAACUCAACCAUCUAGUUUUCAUGUUACUCCAGCUGCAGCUACACCUGUCUCCACUAUACCGGCGGUAACUUUAUCCCAGACUCAGCCCGCUAAGGUAAAGAAAGGCGUAAAAAGAAAAGCGGAUACAACUACUCCCAUGGGCAGCUCCUUUGAAGGAGGUUAUACAACUCCAACAAUUGAUCAACAAAGUGGGCCAAAACCAGCCAAAAUUUCUACAAGGAGAGAGAGUGGACGCCAGAAAAAGGCUGCACGAGUAGGUGAUGAAAGUUUUAAAAUGGGGGGAUUAUCGCCAGGCAUGGGAUCUGCUGGAGCAUCUCAUCAUUCUGUGAUGACACCUCAAAUGGCUAAGGGUAAAGAAAAACUGUCCGACGCUCUCAAGAGUUGUAAUGAAAUAUUAAAAGAAUUAUUUUCUAAGAAACAUUCAGGAUAUGCGUGGCCAUUUUACAAACCUGUAGAUGCGGAAUUGCUCGGUCUUCAUGAUUAUUUUGAUAUUAUUAAGAAACCAAUGGAUCUUGGAACUGUAAAGCAAAAGAUGGAUAACAGAGCAUACAAAACAGCCGCUGAAUUUGCUGCUGACGUACGUUUAGUAUUUACAAAUUGCUACAAAUAUAAUCCACCGGAUCACGAUGUCGUUGCAAUGGCUAGGAAAUUACAAGAUGUUUUUGAGAUGAGAUAUGCCAAAAUUCCUGAUGAGCCUGUUCAUGUUGGGGUUCCUCAUACUAUGGAUAAAGGAAGUUCUGCUUCCAGUUCUGAAUCUGGUUCUGGAUCCGAAACUGAAUCUGAUGAUUCAGAAGAAGAAAGAAAUAAUAAAGUUAAGCUACUUGAGAAAGAACUUCUUGCCCUGCAAGAGAAAAUGAGGAAACUUGUGGAAGAAUCUAAUAAUAAGAAAAAGGCAAAAAAGAAAACAAAGGAAAAGCAAAAGAAACAAAUGACAAGUAGUAGCAUUCCCAAAGCAAAUACUGUCACAGCUUAUGGCACAAAAGCAAAUAAUAUUAAUGAGACCAUGGCAACGACCGGAGUGCGCGGCAAGCCGGGCAGCAAGCGCGGCGGCGGCGGCGGCGGCGGUGUCGGGGGUGGUGCGAGCGCGGGCGGCGGGGGCGGCGGCGGCAUUAAGGCGGGGUCGCGCGGCGCCGCGCCCGCCAAGAAGAAGAGCUCCACGCCCACCGCCGCGCCGGCGCCGCACCCGCCCGCGCACCCCGACACUGACGACGAGGACGUCGCCAAGCCCAUGUCCUACGACGAGAAGCGCCAGCUCUCGCUCGACAUCAACAAGCUACCAGGUGACAAGCUUGGCAAAGUGGUUCAUAUCAUUCAGAGUCGAGAGCCUUCUUUGAGGGAUUCAAAUCCUGAUGAAAUUGAAAUAGAUUUUGAAACUCUGAAACCUUCUACCCUACGAGAGUUAGAAAAUUACGUUGCAUCUUGCCUGCGAAAAAAGACGCAUCGCAAAGUUUCGGGUAAAUCAAAGGAUGAACAAAUGGCAGAGAAAAAACAAGAACUGGAAAAGAGAUUGCAAGAUGUGUCAGGACAACUAGGAUCUAAUAAAAAGCAGCAACCGAAAAAGGAAGGCUGCAAGGAAGGGGGACUGGGUGGAGGGAUGUCAUCAUCUUCCAGUUCCUCAGACUCGUCAAACUCCUCGUCUAGCACUGAUACCAGCUCCUCUGAUAGCAGUGACAGUGAAGCAGGUGCCAGUUCGGGUAAGCCUUCUAAAAAAAAGAUGAAGAAACAUGCUCAGCAAUUGCCUUCUCAAACGAAGACUGCGCCGCCAGUGGUAGUAGCGACUGUGGCGGCGGCCUCCAUGGCGGUGGAGGAGCCGACGCCCGCGGUCGAGGUAAAAGCUGAGGUGAUAGAGCGCGCACAAUUGCCCUCCGUCGAGCCGGCCGCGCCCCCCGCCGCCCCCGCACCAGUCGCUCACAUCACCCACGCCCCUGCCCCUACCGCCCCCCCCACCACCACCCCCACUGCUACCGCCACUGCUGCCGCCGUCGCCGCCGCACCGGACUCAUCCAAUGCUCCCGCCGUUGCGGAAAACCACGAAGAGAAACCAGUCGUCAAGGCUGAACCACGGAACGGACUCGAAAAAAUGGAUGCUUCGCAUUACAUUGACCCCAUUGAACGAUCACUAGCGAGUCUAGAACGGAGCCUCAAUGCUGAUGUACCGAUUGACGUCAGUGUCAGCGUUGCCGAACCUCGAAUAGACGAUUUCUCCAUGUCAAAAGCACCCAUAAUGACGGACGCGACGCAUCACAACCUAAUGGCGCAGCUGGGUGGUUUGUCCGAAAUGACGCACGUUGCUGACCAAAUAAAGAGUGAAAUGUAUGUCCCGCCACAUAAUGGCUAUGUCGAUAAAAAUCCUCAGAACGAGCGAGAGAUGCUCCGGCCCGAAGUGAAUCCCAAUUUACCCGGCAUAAGCAGCGCUCCGCCCGUGUCGUCCAUUUUCGAUCCUACUUAUUCGACCUCGCAUUCAGUUACCGCUCAGUCGCAUCUCAGCAUGCCGGCCGCUCCGAAUUUGAUCACACCGGCAGUUAAAAAGGAGGAAGUAAAACCAUUGCUGACGCCAAAGCCCAUCGAAGAUCUCAUGGGUGUACCAAAUAUAGGAACAAACAAUAUUUCAGAACGAACGAAAUAUGAAAUGGAUAAAAAGAUAGAGGACACUAAAAACUCCAAUUUUGUGCAACCUUUUAAGCUAAAACAAGAACAAAAUCUUAAAAAUGCAAGCUCAUGGUCGUCACUAGCACAAGCUGGCAGUCCGCAGAGUAUACCUAAUGUUGGUACGAAUACCCAAAUAAAACAAAAACCUGUUAUGGAUAGCUGUUUUCAGGCGUUCAAAAAACAAGCUCGAGAAAAAAUUGACCGUCAGAGAGCACUUAUUGAGCAGCAAGAACUUAGGAAAAAGGAACAGGCAGAAAGAGAGAGACAGAGGCAAGAAACGGAGAGACGACAUCCUGAAGAAGAAAAAUUGAGUAGCAGGGUGGUGGCGAGCGCGCGCAAGGUUGAGAGCGUGGAAGUGGCGUCGCCGAGCGUGUCGCCGGUGGCGCGCGCGUCGCCUCCCGCCGCCGCCGCGGCUGCCGCCGUGGCCGCCGCCGCUUCCGCCGCUGCCACCGCGCCCGACAAGCCCGCCGCCAGCGAGCGCGAGCGGCUGCGGCAGCGCGAGCAGGAGCGCCGCCGACGCGAGGCCAUGGCGGGUCAGAUAGAUAUGAACAUGCAGAGUGACUUGAUGGCUGCAUUUGAAGAAUCGCUGUAA